AAAUAUUCUUACACAUUUUAUAUUCUUACACAUUUUAUACUGACCCCUCAAGGAUUAAUCAAGAGUUGAACACUAUGAUCUGGUUCCCAAGGGACUGGCAGGAGUCGACGGAGCCGGUGGAGUUUGCGGACCAGGGCGGUUGUGGUCUUCCCGGACUACGAGGCGGAGGAGGCCUACCUGAUCGCGCACGACAGGUACAGCAAGACGCUGCAGCUGGAGCACACCGUCGACGCGGUGCAGCACUCGCUGGCGGAGCGGUUUGAUAUAUUGGAGCUUGAUCAUCGCGGUGUUUAGGAGUCGCGGGAGUACAUGCCGCUCGGGUUGAUGAGGCUUGGUAGGGACCAGGAUGCGUAUAAUGUGGCAAAGUGGUGGACGCUGCGCGACGAUGGGGUUUAUCCGCGGCUGAAAAGGCAGAAGCGGUACAAGGAGGAUGUGUUUGAGUCACCGUACGCGAUUAUGAGGAGCAAGAAUGUGCUGUUUGGGACGUUGGAUGGGCUACUGCUGCUCAAGAUCAAGCUGUACCUGGACCUCUGGGACAUUUGCAACGCGGACCGGAUGCUGAGGAAGGUGGUCGUCUACUGCAAGGGUAAAGGCGGCAUUGAGAGGGUCCUUCCAUCCGAGGUGAUUGACACGAUCCAGCGGUACAAUAUCCGGUCGCACAUCAUCCGGGAGCGACGCGAACUGGCGGAGAAUCACGGAUUCGUGGCGUCGCCGCUGGUGCGCAAUCUCAAGAGGCAGAUCCUGGAGCUGGCGCGGGCGGUGUACGAUAAUCCCGAGUACACUGGCGAUGAGAUGGAGGUCAAGUAUAUUUACGCGCGGCCGUCGUGGGUUGAGAUGCCGGAGGCGGCGCAAAUCUUGGAUGAUGCGCGAGAGGGCAUUGCGACGAUGGCCGAGACGAACCCGUACUGGGCUCGUCGGGUUCCGCUAGACGACGACGACGAUGAUAAUGAUGAUUCAGAUUAGUUUGUGCAUGAUAAGGUAGACUAGUUGUUAGGUAUUGUGUUUUUGGUGCCGCUUGGAUUUACUUCCUCGUUCCCUGCGGCUCAAAGCAUCAGAUCCCCAGGCCGCUACUAUUGCUGUGCCAGGACAGCUGAGACCCAAGUACCACAGCUGAACAAGCCUCGAAAGGGAAGUUUGAAGGAUGCCAAGAAAUGAGAUCGUACCAUGUCGGUCGCACGUCUUUGACACUGCGCGGGAAGAGGGUUGCGGCCCCGAGCGUCUGGCAAACUGGGAUUGACUUUGUUGGGGUAGUCACGAGUGAUAUCAUUGUAAUAUAAUUCAAGGCGGGGGAAAAGAACGAAAUUGGGAU